UAGUAAAUAGCGAAUUAAUUUUACUUGUUAAAUUAAAUACCUAUAAUUAUAUAAUACUCAGUCCAGUCGUGUAUUCAGAUCUAUCAAUUGGAAGAAACGAUGUAUUUACAAUUUCAAACAAUUCUGUUUUUUGGACUAAUUUUUUUAACAUCAGCCAAAACCACAUUUGAUGAAGUUAUUGAAGAAUUAACAUGGAAAAAUUUAGGAAUGGCACAAAACGAAUUUCAUGAUUGCAUUAAUCAAUUUAAUUUAAAUGCACUAAUAUACAUAGAAAGAGAAAAAAUUAAUCAACAAUUAAUUGAGUUGAAGGAUGAAAUCAUUCUCGGCAAUAUAGAACUAAAUGAAACGAGUGACAAAUUAUUAGAAUUAUUAGAAUUAGAUGCAUCACAUAAUUCAGAAGACCUUGAAAUUUGUUGUGCUAUUUUUCACGAGAAAUUAUUUGCAGUAGAACAACCCAAGUUCGACUCUACUGACCAUAUGGAAGUUAUGAUGGUUUUGCGAUUUAAUACAGCAGUGAAUAUUUUGUAUGAUUGCUUAAAACACUAUAAUUGUUUGAAUAUUUCUAUGGAUGAAAUUUUAUGGGGAUAUACUAACAGAAACCCAAAUUAUCGAAUCGAUGAACCAAAUUUAUUUUAUAGUACUGUUGGACUACUGGAUGAAAUAAAUAGUGGUUAUAUGACUCCAAACGAAUUCGUUAGUAUAAUAGAGAACUACGUACAUGGACCUGAUCACAAUAAACCUUAUGCAAACUAUUGUAGUGCUACUUACUACACGUAUUUGAUUACUGAAAAUUCAAUUUUAAAUAACAUAUUUGAUUAUUGUAGACAAUUUGAGCCUUGAAAUAAAAAUUUUUUUUCGCGUUAUGUUAUAAAUAAAUUUUAACACAUUUUGUUUUGUUUAAUAAUUUAGUUUCAUUAAAAGUUUUCUUACUGAUAUAUUUAAA